ACACCUCUUCUAGCCAACUAUGUACCAUUAGACUCAGAAGAAAGGGGUGUAGCAGAGACGUCUUCCAAGACUGAACACGGACGUCCUGUACGAGAUGGUUCUAGAGCUAUGCACUAGAGACCUGGCGAGAGCAGCUCUGGUUUCUAAAGAUUGGCUGCCUAUCGCACGAUCCAACCUCUACCACAUCAGUAAGAUCACAAGGUGUCUUUUUGGACUUCUAUGUACUUCUGACUUUUUUGGCUGUACUUUUACUUUUGAGCCUGGUCUUCUUGUGGUCUUUUCUACUGUCUUUUCAAGUACUUCUGGUUUCAGAUGCUGCCCCUGCUGAAAUGCAGAUUUAUGUGUAUUUGAUCUUGCUUACCAUCCACAGAACGUGUCUGGCAGCGAUUUCGA